AUGAGCUUCACGCGCCGCCGCAUGGAGUCGUCCUGCAUCAACGGCGGCGACUACAAGCGGCCCCUGCCCGUCAACACCACGUGCCAGUGCAGCGCUACCGACGUGGAGUGCGACUGGGGCUGGGCACGGGACUGCCACAAGUGCACGCAGCUGCCAGACGACAAGCUCCCCACCUGCCCCCACGUCAAGGACGGCAGCUACCGCGUAUCCAGCAGCGGCUUCCGCCUCGUGCACGGCGACGUCUGCAGCGGCGUCGACAAGAUCAUAUUCGACACAGAUGGCAAGGGCACAGGCACCGGCCCCGCCCCGCCGCCCUCGCGCCGCCGCCGCGGCGGCGGCGGGCGCUCCGCACUGUUCACGCUGUUUGUGCUGCUGCUGAUUGUGGCGGGGCUCGCCGCCGCGUGGUUUGGGUUUGUGGCCAGCCCCGCUCAGAAGGCGGGGGCGCUGGAGCUGGCGGGUGCGGCCGGCGUGUUCUGCUGCGGGCUGUGGGCGCUGGCGGCGGACGGCUUCGGCGCGCUGCUGGCGCGGGUCGGGGCGGGCGCGGGGGCGCUGCGGCUGGGCGGGCGCGGGGGCGCGUACGCGCCGCUGGACGAAGAGCUAAACUACUUUGAGCCGCUGCCGCACGCGGAGGACGUCCAAACGCUGGUGCCGCCGCCGCUGCAGCGGGCCAGCACCGGCGACGGCGGCGGCGGCGGGGGCGGGGCCAACGGCGGCGGCGGCGGCGGCGGCGGCGGCUUUGACCCGCGUGAGGACGGCGGCGACGAUGACGAUGGCGUGUUCCGGUUGUGA